AUGACCUGCAUGUUCGUCGAGUUUUCAAGGGCUUUGGCCGCCCUCCCAGACUACGUAAAGUCUCACAAGCCAGAGGAAAUAUUCGACCUCAAGAAGACCCCUUUUGCCUUUUCGGUUGGCUGUGAGGGGAAAACAUACUACGAGGUUUACGAUUUAGACCCUCAAAAGCGCACACUAUGGGAUAUCGGGAUACAGAAAUUAGGCAAUCAUAUCCCAGUUAUAGGAAUGUUUCCUUUCGAAGAUCUUGAAGAUAAGGUUAAGAAGCAGCCUGGGAGCCCAUUUGUUGUUGAUGUAGGUGGUGGCAGAGGUCAGGCCCUCCUAGCAAUACAGGAACACUGCAAAGGUUCCUUCGGCGGGAAGCUCAUUCUACAAGACCUACCCAUUGUGCUUGACUCCCUGACGUUGGAUGAGAUUCCCAGCAUUGAACCAAUGCCAUGCAGUAUCUUUACCCUACAGCCCGUCAAGAAUGCCCACAUUUAUUUAUUCCAUCACCUUCUCAUGGAUUAUCCCGAUACCAAGGUCGUGGAAGUCCUGAAGAACACUGUGUCAGCCAUGGGCCCCGAGUCGCGGCUCAUCAUCAAUGAGAUGCUGGUCCCCGACCGAGUAACCGUAGGAGACCAGCAGAUGGUAUAUCUAUUUGAUAUAAUGCUCUUGGUCAUGUAUGGCAGGGAGAGAUCUCUGAGUGAGUAUAGGCGUAUCUUUGACGGGAUUAGCCUGGAGCUAGUAAAGGAACACAGAUCUGAAGGAAGCCAAACGAUCAUGCUAGAGACGCGACUCAAGGCUUGGAAGGCAUACUGA